GGUGAGCGAAUGGGAGUUUGGGAAAAGAAAAAGUUAGCCAGCAGCGCUCCGAGCGAAGAGCAAACACAAAGAGGACGACGCUCGUGUAUGAGCGAUCAGACUCUACAACAUUUGAUAUUAUUUGAGUCUGCUUCAUGAGGCUUUUCAUUGAAUUGUCUGACUAAAGUUGCUGUCUUUAAACUUGGCGAGAUGAUUUUGUGCGGCACUUGGUUUGUCAUUCUCUUGCUGCUUAUGGUGACAUCAGGUCAGUAUCAAGGAGACAACGGAAUUGUCAUCCCAGAGCAUGGAUUUUGCCAACCGAUCUCCAUACCCCUGUGCACGGACAUCGCCUACAACCAAACCAUCAUGCCCAACUUAGUGGGCCACUACAACCAGGAGGACGCGGGGCUGGAGGUGCACCAGUUCUACCCGCUGGUGAAGGUACAGUGCUCCCCCGAGUUGAAAUUUUUCCUGUGCUCCAUGUACGCGCCGGUUUGCACUGUCCUGGAGAAGGCCAUCCCGCCUUGCAGGUCCAUCUGCGAGAGGGCCAAGCAGGGCUGCGAGGCCCUCAUGAACAAGUUUGGCUUCCAGUGGCCCGACCGCCUGCGCUGCGAGAACUUCCCCGUGCUGGGCGACGGUCAGAUCUGCGUGGGACAGAACGACUCAUCCGCGGCCACCGUCCCUCCCUUGCCCGUCCCGGGCACCCAGGACCUCACGGUGGUCUCCGGCCACGACGGGCCCUUCCGUUGCCCGGCCGCGCUGGUGGUGCCUCCCUACUUGAACUACAUGUUCCUGGAGGAGAAGGACUGCGCCGCUCCCUGCGAGCCGUCCCGGGGCGGCGGGUACAUGUUUUUCACCGAGAAGGAGAUCCACUUCUCACGCGUCUGGAUUCUGGUCUGGUCGGUCCUGUGCUGCGCGUCCACCUUAUUCACGGUCACCACUUAUUUGGUGGACAUGCAGCGCUUCAGGUACCCCGAGAGGCCCAUCAUCUUCCUGUCAGGCUGCUACACCAUGGUCUCCAUCGCCUACAUCGCAGGCUUCUUCCUGGGCGACAAAGUGGUGUGCAACGAGAGCUUCAACCCGGAUGGCUACAAGACCCUUGUCCAGGGCACCAAGAAGGAAGGCUGCACCAUCCUCUUCAUGAUGCUGUACUUCUUCAGCAUGGCCAGCUCCAUCUGGUGGGUCAUUCUGUCCCUCACCUGGUUCCUGGCCGCGGGGAUGAAGUGGGGCCACGAGGCGAUCGAGGCCCACUCCCAGUACUUCCACCUGGCGGCCUGGGCGGUGCCGGCCGUCAAAACCAUCAGCAUCCUGGCCAUCGGGCAGAUCGAGGGCGACGUGCUGAGCGGCGUGUGCUUCGUCAGCCUCAGCAACCUGGACCCCCUGCGAGGUUUCGUCCUGGCGCCGCUCUUCAUCUACCUCUUCAUCGGGACCUCCUUCCUGCUGGCCGGCUUCGUGUCGCUCUUCCGCAUCCGCACCAUCAUGAAGCACGACGGCAGCAAGACGGAGAAGCUGGAGCGCCUCAUGGUGCGCAUCGGCGUCUUCAGCGUGCUUUACACCGUGCCCGCCACCAUCGUGAUCGCCUGCUUCUUCUACGAGCAGGCCUUCCGCCCGCACUGGGAGCGCAGCUGGGUCGGCCACAGCUGCAGGAGCCUGGCCAUCCCGUGCCCGGCGCAGACGGGGCCCCGCGUGACGCCGGACUUCACCGUCUACAUGAUCAAGUACCUGAUGACGCUCAUAGUGGGCAUCACGUCCGGUUUCUGGAUCUGGUCUGGGAAAACGCUGCAUUCCUGGCACAAGUUCUACACCAGGCUGACAAACGGCAAACACGGAGAGACCACCGUGUAGGAUGAAGGGCCCGCCGCGAGCUCUUGGAUGGACUGAUUUGUGCUUUUCGUGGCGGCCGUGUGUGGUGGUGAGGAAGGGGGAUGGGGAGGGGGGGCGCGUUCUUCGGCAUUCCGAGCCGCCGAUCUUAAAAGCGUUUGGGUUUUGACCAAACGGCGAGCUGGAUUAAUGAGGCCCGAACGGGACAGCCUGACUCAACGAACGCACAACAAACAUGGCCGACAUCGCCAUGUGCCGAAAUGCUCAGCUCCUCUUCCUCUUCCUCGGCUCCAUGUUCCAGCAGCACAAAGACGACUUCACAUGUAAUUAAAUCCAAGUGUAAAUAGUAUUUGUAAAAACAUGAAAUUAUAUAUUUGUAUUUAAAAAAAAAAAAAAAAAAAAAAAAAAAAGUAUACGUCUUAACUGUCAGUUGUCACUUUUUGGACAGCAACAAACCCAAAUAGAUCUGCCCCCUUUUCUUUCUGAAUAACAUUUGUAAUAAUUUGAGCCUGCUUCGUGCUUGAUUUUUAUAUGUUAAAAGAAUUUCAAGUUCAGCCAGCAAAAUGUACAAAUAGGCCACUUAACAUUAUUACUGUAUGUAGUCACUUUAUGUGGAAGCUACUAUAUACUCUUGUGUGGUUAUACAACUAACAUAAAUGAUCAUGUUAUUUUGCAUUUAAAAAAAAAGAAAGAAAUUGGUCAGAAUGAUUGCUGAUAUGAAUUGCCCAAUACUACGAUGUCAUGCAUUCAGACUUCCUCUUUUCCCAUUUUCAUUUCUCUUGACAUCCUGGGAGAUGUGCUUGUUCUUUCCGAAAGAGAACAACAUCCCCAAUUGGAGAUCCCAUCUCGUAUUUCAAAUGCGGGCGGACAGGAAGCGUCAUUCAGCGGCGUAAUGUCGGGCGGACAUUGAACGUGGCACGACUUGUCUCUGCGGGCUAGUAAAAUAGCGUUAUGCCUCGCGGUUAUACAUAAUAAUAACAUCAGUGUGUACCGCACCACGUCGGGAUAAGAAAACAAAACUAAAAAAUUGAUGUCAUCACAUUUUGAGAAUUUUGUGGGAUAAUAAUUGCCUGCUGUUGUUGUAUUGCUAACCAAACUGUAUGAAUGCUUGACAUCUUUGAGGGCAGUCAUAGAGCUUGGGCUCUUGUCACAUGUAUGUAUACAUUGUAUAAAAUGUCAAUAUUUCAGCUGUGGAACAAGAAUAACCAAAGUUGUUAUGCAAAUUUCGUAGGAUUUUUCUACAAAAAGUAAUGCACUGUGAGUGGAAAAUAAUAUGCGCUAACAGCUAAUGUAGCAUGUCCAUUGCAUCAUGUCAGUCGUGUAUGUUGCGUACUUGUCGUACGUUUUAUACGUGUUAAGAUUUUGUACAGUUUCCUACUAAAUUCUCCUGAGAGCAUGUCGAACCAAAAUAUGUGUCAAGUGCAAAUGAGAAGAUUAAACACCUACUAGUCAAACUGCA